AUGUACCCCUUUCCUGAUACUUUGUUCGAGCUCCAGUCCCCAUUGAUCUUUGACGAGUCUCUUGACUUCUCUGAUCCAGAGGAGUCUCGGUUCGCUGGGGCCUAUUCGGACAGCCUGCUGGCUAAACCUGGUAAUCUCCUGUCCAUGUCUGCUCUCGACAAGGCUCAAAAGAUUGAUUACCUAGACUCGGACGAGACUUCCAACGCGCUGCGUGAAACAUCAACUCUGCUUGCGUGCCCACCAGGAUCCUACGGAACUUCCAUGUACAACCCAAUGCUGGAUGGUAGCUUCAUUUCUGACGACGACAGUGCUCACUACAUGUCGAACAGCGCCUAUGCCGGUUCCCCAUUCGACAUCCGUCGCUCGCCCAGUCUGGAAUCAAACUGCAACCCUGCUCCCGAAGUGACCUCCUUCUCGCCUUCCAUUGGGUACGAAGGCACCAAGUUGACCAUCUACGUUGAGUCAUUUUACGAUCUGCUCAACCCUCCUACCUGGACGUUCUCUGUCGUCUUUGGGUCCGCCCAUUGCGACUGUACGAUUACCUCAUUGGGCCUGGAAGAUUCCAAAUUCCAAUACGCGCUCACUGUCACCGUUCCAGCAUUCGUAUCCACUGCUUGUUCUGCACUUUGCGUCGCUCUCCAAGUCGUCCUCAACGACCAGGAAUCGUCAACUCAGCAUAUUGCACGCAUUGGUUCGUUCACAUACGACCAGGAGGCAAGACAGAUGUCUCCCCGCAAGAGAAGAAUGUCUUCCGCUUCAGAUGGCACUUCUGCUUCUGCCAACUCUAGCUCUGUGAAGCAGAUGCGCAUCAAUGAUGGUACCAAGGUCGAGCGCCUGUCUGCAUCCCCUUACUCGCCUUAUCUGCCAACGCCCAGCUCGAUGGGUAGCUAUUCCGGACAGUAUCAACAGGUUCUCCCCGCGGGACAAUACGAGCAUCAAAUUCAGCUCAGAGCCACUGCUCCCUCGCCGCUCGCUUCCUCCUGGAGCCCAUGCGUUUCUAACGCGACCGCAACGUCUUGCAGUCCUCCCAUGUCCGUGACUCCCAUUGCUCAGGAACCCGAGAUGAACCGCGCAAACCCAACUCUGGUCCGUACCUCGACCAUCCAGCAGGCCCUCGCGGGUGCCCCAAGCCCGAAUGCCCCAUUCAACCCAUACGCGAUGUACCCAAGCAAAGCCGUGCUCAAGCUGAACGGCGACCUUGAUGCGAUGGCUCUCAACUGGAAGCCCGAGGAAUGCGAAGCCCAACGCCGCCUGGUUCAAUUCACUCGUCGUCAGGAAGGAAGCACUAUCCACGCUGACUUCAAGCCCGUGGCUCCUGCUGACCGUGUCCCUAACAGCAUCUGCAUUAGCUGCAUUCAAUGGGCUGGCAAGAAGGAAUGUUAUGUCACCAGCGUUGACACAAUCUACUUGCUUGAAUCUCUCGUCGGCGUCCGCUUCACCGUGGAAGAGAAGAACCGUAUCCGCCGCAACCUGGAAGGUUUCCGUCCCAUGACCGUCUCAAAGGCUAAACCAGACAGCGAAGAUUUCUUCAAGGUGAUCAUGGGUUUUCCAAAUCCCAAACCACGCAACAUCGAAAAGGACGUCAAGGUUUUCCCAUGGAAGAUCCUCACCCAUGCCCUCAAGAAGAUCAUCGGGAAAUAUUCCGCCAGUUACUCGUCUACGGCCGCAGCGUUGCCUGCUCCCCUUCGAUCCAACUACGCUGGUAGCCCUAACAUGUCGAGUUCCGGUAUUGUGGAUGUUCGUUCCGGUUCGCCCGCGGGACACCAGGCUAACUCCAUGGCCAAUGCGCUCCCACCUCACACGGCCUCUCACUUGUCCUCGUCCAGCUAUAUGCCUGUCAUGGUCACCAGUGCCGCAUCGCACCCUAGCCUAACCGCCGCAUAUAGCUAUUCCAGCCUCCCCCAUCGACACAUCCAGCCAUCUCCCAUCAUCGUCCCUAGCCAGGCAACAUUCGAUUUCAGCGCAUAUGUUGGCCACAACCAAAUGCCGACCUACCAAAGCUCCUAA